GCUCGGGGACCAGUUCUACAAAGAAGCAAUUGAGCACUGUCGCAGCUACAACUCUCGGCUGUGCGCUGAGCGAAGCGUCCGCCUUCCCUUCCUGGAUUCGCAAACUGGGGUAGCUCAGAACAACUGCUACAUCUGGAUGGAGAAGAGGCACAGGGGACCAGGCCUGGCCCCAGGUCAGCUGUACACAUACCCGGCACGUUGCUGGCGCAAAAAGAGGCGUUUGCAUCCCCCUGAGGAUUCCAGGCUGAAGCUGCUAGAAAUUAAACCUG